UUCAGCUCACUCCUUUUCAAGAUAGAAGCGCUAUAGAUAUCUAGAAGUUACUAGAAUUAUUUACUACAUUCCAAAAAAAAAAACAAAAACAGAUCAAUUUCGAAUCAAGAUUGCAAGUGUUUCCUGUAUGCGGAAAACAUCAAAAUAUUGGAAGAAAAUCUGUAUUCCAUUAGGUGGCUGCAGAAGGUCAAGGUUACGCGUUUGGAGAAGGAUCAUACAUAUGGAACGAGACCUUUUGCUACGAAAGUGCUUUCCGCAGGAGUGACGCAGCAGUCAGCAAACCACCCAAGCAAUCAGAACUAUAAGUUCUAUAAGCUGUACUGAGCACUGGUUAUUGCUAAAAACAACGUUGUCAGUAGCCAAUCCAUUGAUUGGACUUACUCUAUCUGAAACAUAGUUUAAUUUUAUACUUAACUCUAUUAGAAGACAACCCCAUAGUCGCCUUUCUAACUGGGAUAUUGCAGCAAUACCAGAUUACUCUAAUCUAGUGGCGAGUGGAUUCAUUAUCCUGCACGUAUAUACAGGUGAACAAGAUGAGUGACACUGAAGAUAAAUCUGCUUACUCACGGAAGGUUAAGGAUGAUGAUAGCGAAGCAGAGCGAAGAGAGUUUAGGGCUCCAUCAAUUAGAUACCCGCGCGCACCACCCCCAUCCCAUUUACGCAUGCAUAAUACUAGAACUGAAAGUGCAAGGCAAGUCGAGCCGCCCAGACACGCUAGUCAAAUUAGAGCUCCCAGACAUUUGGUCGGCAAAAAAGCAGCGUCAGACUAUCGUCCUGACAUGGGCUGCUCUGCCAGUGCGCAGUCUUUGGCAGCGCAAUCUACGCUGUCACCAUUUGCUGAGGAGUUCAUCCCAAGGGACAAUACUGUGUUUACGCCAGUUAGCCAUCUUCAGCAUAAUUUUGGAGCUGGAGACUCGCCUUACUAUAGCCCUCGCCCUUUCAAAUCGUCGAUAUCUGAUCGGUUAAAAGUUGGGCGCAGAGGUUUGGGCUCUUCGGAUACUGCUUCAAACCCCGUAACUAAAUUUAUUCACAUCAUGGACGAGCUCCAGGCGAGUAGCGCCAACUUUGAUAGUGUAAGGGCGACUGUAGCGGAGAUAGCUGCUAUAGGUGCAAAUGACUCUAUGAUGUUAGACAGACUUACAAAGCUUGCCGUUACUGAAGCAAUAAAACGACCACAUUUCCAGUACAGUUGCGCUAGACUUUGUGCACUCGUUGAUGAAACGGCCCCUAAAUUCCAUCAAAUGGUUAUAGAACAGUGUGGGCAUUUGUAUCUACAAUAUAGAAAAGACACAGAUAAGUCUCAAGAUUCUUCAUUUAUGGUAGGACUGGUUACCACUUGCUGUGAAUUGCUCUACAAUUUUGUUCGCGAGAGAAAGUUGCCAUUAAAAGACUUAGUAGAGUUCAUGGAGUUAAUAUUUCAGACUAUGACUGAUGUGAUCAAUUUGAAUUUUAGCCAAGAGAAUAAUAUCAAGGCAGUCUGCCAAGCACUGAAGCUAAGUGGUUAUUAUAUGCAUUUAGCUUGCCCUAAACUUAUGGAACGCUUACUUAAGGACCUUAAACACAAGAUGACGGACAACAAGUCCAAAACAUCAAUACUAAUUCAAAGUGUAUUAAAUCUUUCUAGUAGUGGGUGGGGUUACGUGUCUGAUAGUGGUGACAGCCAAGAAAGUGACCCGGGAGCUAGUGGUGAUGCCGAAUGCAUUGGAUAUUCGGAGUACAACUCGGAAAUUACUGAUAUCGAUGAUACAGUCUAUUAUGGACCAGAUGGGGAAGUGUUGACUGCUGAGGAAACUUCCUUUUUAUACUGUAAUCUUAACGACAAUUCGAAGGCUGAAGUUGAUGAUGAUACUUUGUGGGACCCGGACAAUGAACUAGGAGCUGAAAUGCAACAGGCGUUUAAAGAUUUUGUGGAAUAUUCAAGAAAGAAUCCCAAUAAUUGAAUUAGGGCAGGGCCUUAAUUCCUAAUGAACUCUUACUGCAUUUAUAAUCUGAACUUAUCAGAAAAAGAACUUUGUUUAGUUUAAUUUAUUUUAAUUUGUUUUAUAUGAGCUGAAUACAAUAUGGACAAUUUAAAACAAAGUCUCA